AUGUUGCGUUCCUCUUUUGCCAGAGUAGCUCGCGUAACGCCCGCGAGAUUCGCCCAAACACAAGCCAUUUCCAAGGCCGCUAUCGUCGACCUGCACUCUAGAUGGGAAGAUCUGCCUGCUGUUGAGCAACAAGAGCUCGUCAGCAAGCUGACUGAGCGCCAGAAGCUUCCCUGGAACCAGAUGACCGAGACCGAGAAGCAGGCUGCGUGGUAUAUUUCCUACGGCGAGUGGGGACCAAGAAGACCAGUUCACGUCAAGGGUGACGGCGCUUACAUUGCCAAGGGUGUCGCUGUCGGCUUGGUUGGAUCCGUGGUGUUGUUUGCUAUAAUCAGACAAUUCGGUGGGGAGGAGCCCAAGACCAUGACCAAGGAGUGGCAGUUGAAGUCUGAUGAGUACCUAAAGUCCAAGAACGCGAACCCAUGGGGUGGCUACUCUCAAGUUCAAUCCAAGUAA